AUGAACGACGAUAUCCCUAGUAGCCAGCGCACUAACGAGGAUCCCGCGGGGCCAGUCUCCGUCGCUAACGAGGCUACCCUUAUACUCACACCUCACAAUGCCGAGGCUAGGCUGGCAUUCUCGCAGGUGUCAGAGUGGUUGCUCGAGCAGGAUAACGUUGAUUCACAACCCCAGUCAGACGCGAAUGCUGGAACGAACGCGACACGGCAGCAUGCGGAGAAGUACAUGUCGAUAUCCAAGGACCAGAGCAACGACGACGAUCCCACAACACAGACCUACUUCAUGGCCGUAGGGCGGAUCGACUACUUUAUAGUCGAGAUAAACGAGGGGCUGCCACGGCGAGGCCUAGAUACCGUGGCGCCGUGCGGGGACGCUACCGGCCCUCCGCCCUCGUCACCGGAGAGGCAGCUCUCCAAGGGGCUCCGGGAGGAUAUACAGCAGGCGGGCCGUGAUCUCGACGCGAAGGCAGCCAUCGUCGAGGGCCCGGGCCCAGGGCGGGCGGACAAGCAGCGCUGGCUCGUCCACACAGGCUUCCUAACGCACCUCGAGGGGCUCGCGGACGCGGAGAUUCAGUCCUCGUUCCAGCUCCCUAAGGCGACGGAGCGCCUGGGCGAGGCUGUGGCUGUGGCAGUAACGCUAGGAAAGACAUAG